AUGUAUUUCACAAAAGCUCUUUCGGGAGGAUUUAUGGAGGCUCAGACACACAUCGUCGAGCUCGAGGACGUGCAUCCGGUGCUCUUCAGAGUCUUUAUUACCUUCCUGUACACCGACAAACUCGCUCACGAGUCUCCGUACUCAAGUAUCCCUUCGUUCGGAGACUUUGACGAUUUGAAUGAGACGCUGNNAAAGAAUACCAUCCCUACGAAAAGGAAGCAGACGAAAACCAAGAUAAUUCCGAGGACGAAGAGGACGAUAUUGACGAUCUCUCGCAAUUCAAGGAAGGAGUCNCCCGAAAGCUGGACCUACUUGAUUCUUGCUGGGCUGUUCGUUCUAGGCGAUCGUCUGGAUGCCGCUACAUUCAAGAGGCAGGUACUUGAUACUAUUGCUGGAAAGACCGAAACACUCUUCGCCACACCACAUGAUUCGGCCAUACUUUACGCAUAUGCAAACACGACCAAGAACUCUCCGCUGCGCCGACUUCUCGUCCACAUCACUGCCUAUCAAACGUCCUUCGAGAAAUCUUACAACACUUGGAACCAUAUGCCAGUCGAGUUUCUCACUGCAGUGAUGGUGACAAUGGGAAGGAGGCUGCCAGUCAUGCAAUGUCCAUCUUGNUUUCAAAAAGCUAUUCACGCCAACAAAAUCGAAAAGUUGGUCAUUGAUGAUGUGGCCGUGGACGGAGACUUACCACCAUUCAAAUAUGAUCUCUGUUUCUACCACGAACACAAGGAUGAAGAUGAGGAGGAGACGUGUCGUGAGACUCGUUUGAGCAGAAUGGACCUCGAAUCAUCGGAAGACAUGAGCCAGAGUCCCGAGUUGUAA